AUGCUUGAGGAAGAUGAACUCCUUCCACUAUGGUUGAAACAUAUAUGUAUUCUCAGUUGCAUACUUGGCUUCAUAAUAUCUAUGUAUUCAAUUACAAUGCAACUACUCAAUUAUCGUAAACCGUUUGAACAGAGAUUAACAAUUAGAAUUCAAGUAAUGGUUCCUAUCUUUUGUGUUUCAUCUAGCUGUGCUGUUUUUCAACCAACUAUCUCCCAAAUAUUCAUUGAUCCAAUCCGAGAAGUUUAUGAGGCGUUUAUUAUUUAUACAUUUUUCUCAUUAAUGGUACUAUUAUUGAAUGGUGAAAGAGAAAUUAUAACAAAACUUAGUUUAAAACAUCGACCGCUAAGUCAUCCAAUCUUCUUUUUUGGAAGAUUUUUUAAAAAAAUCGAUUUGUCAGACCCAGGUGAUUUUCUUUGGGUGAAGUUUGGGAUAUUACAAUAUGUUUGGUUUAAACCAUUUUAUUGUGUCUCAUUGAUUACUUAUCAUUUUUUUAAAUGGAAAUAUCUCAAUAUAAUUAUGGUUGUUAUGUAUAAUGUUUCAAUGACCUGGUCAUUAUACAAUUUGGCGUUAUUCUGGAUAUGCUUAUCAGAUGAAUUGAAACCAUUUGAUCCAUGGAAAAAAUUUCUUUGUGUUAAAUUAAUAAUAUUUGCAUCUUAUUGGCAAAGUCUUAUUGUGGAACUUAUAAGCUAUUGUAAUCUUGGAAAUUUACCAACCAAUUCUGAUAAAGAAUUAUGGUCAUAUGUCUAUCAAAAUUGUUUUAUAUGUUUGGAAAUGAUUGGAUUUGCAAUUUUCCAUUUACUUGCCUUUCCAUGGGAACCAUACAGUGUUAAAAAUAUCCCUCAUGGAGCAAAAAUGAGAUUCUGGUAUUCUUUACGUGACUGUUUCGGUAUUAAGGAUUUGAUUUGGGACUUUAAUCAAACUUUAGUUGAUAGAUCAAAUUAUUACAAUUACAAAACAUUUGAUCCGACUGAAACAGAUACAGCUAUUAAUGAAACGUUUGAUUCACAAUCUUUAAUAAGACAAUCAAAGAAGGGAAUUAGAUAUAACAAUACAGAUAAUAAAAAAUAUUGGGUUGGUAUUAAUACAGGGCCCAAUACUAAUUAUGGUACAAUUGGCACCCCCGCAGAACCAUCAAGCAUGCAUAACAUUGAUUUACAACAGCAGAUAAACGAUAAUGAUUGGGAUAUUAGCAUACCUUUAAAUAAAUACAUUCCAACAGAUAUAAAUUACCCUGUUUAUUGGUCAUUAAAUGGGCAUAGAUAUAGUGAUGGAAUGAAUUUAUUAAGAGAAAGUUUACAGUCAGUAUAA